CUGUGUGUGUGUGUGUGUGUGUGUGUGUGUGUGUGUGUGUGUGUGAGAGACAAUGUCCUUUUCUGUGCCAAUGCCUUCGGCUGGACCAAGCGCUGCACCCCUCUCGACCGCUAUAACUGUGGUUAGCUCACAGUUCCUGGCAUCCUACCCUGUGAAUCUGUACAUUUCCGAGAAGCUGGUGACCAUUAAGGAAGGUGCCUUCACAGUCACCGAUGUUGAUGGCAAAGACAUGUUCACUGUCGAAGGUUCUUUUUUCAGCCUUCAUGAUACUCGACGAUUGCUCGACAGUUCUGGUACUCCUAUCCUCACCUUCCGUCAAAAGAUUACUACGGUACAUAGGAGAUGGCAAGUAUAUAGAGGAGAUAGCUCGAACAGCAAAGAUCUACUUUUCAGUGCCAAGAAGUCGGGGCUUGUCCAAUUUAAGACUGAACUUGAUGUGUUCUUGGCUACAAACACAAAAGAAGACCAUCAUGAUUUCAAGGUCAAAGGAAGCUUUAGAGAAAAAUCAUGCACCAUAUACUCCAAAGACAACACUAUCCUUGGACAAAUGCAUAAGGACUGCGGUGUUAAAAACAGUAUUUUAGGAAAGGAUGUGUUUGCAGUGACUGUGUACCCUCAAGUCGAUUUCGCCUUCAUAGUUGCUGUUGUGGUGGUUCUUCAUGAGAUUAACCAGGACCGAAAAGGAGAAGACUGAUCAUCAUAUAUUCAUGGGGUAUGUACUGCUACUUGAAACAACAAACUAAAUGGUUACCCUAG